AUGCAUGAUUAUUACAUUAACUCAACUUUGAAAUAUGAACCUCAGGAAAAUUACCUUCGAAUUCAGGAAUACAAUUUAGAUCAGAGUAUUGAAUCGGACGAUGCUUCAGAAACAAACAUGGAUAAGCUCGAAGAGGUAGGACAGAAAUUGUUGAACCAACCAGUUAAAAGGAUGAAUGUGGAUACUUUUGUCCCUGAGGAAACUGGUGAAGGCACCAAUGCUCAAGCUCUGGACAGGCUGGCUCAAAUUCUCUACGAAGAAAAAAUUCGUCGCCUUGGAAAGAGCGCAAAGAAAGUGAAGAAGGGAUUCUUCACUCGUUUAGCCACUUAUUGACUCUGUUGCAGAAAUGCUAUUCUGAUAGCAUUUUAUAUAAUUAUAUUAUGGGUAUGUUGCCAUUAUUGACACUUCCAUAAAUAAAAAAGUGUGCUAAAUAAAUAAAUGAAAAUUAAUCCUCUGCUUUGA